AGUUAAUCCAGGCAUAUAAACCCUUUGAAAAAAGCUACGCGGUUACAUCCGUGAAACAAAAACGUUAUUCCAAGUGUUAAUCAUGAGGGAGAUUGUUCAUAUCCAGGCCGGCCAGUGCGGUAACCAGAUUGGUGCCAAGUUUUGGGAGGUGAUUAGCGAUGAACAUGGCAUUGACCCGACAGGAACCUACCAUGGGGAUAGCGAUCUGCAGCUGGACAGAAUCAGUGUCUACUAUAAUGAGGCUACAGGAGGUAAAUAUGUACCCCGAGCUAUUCUAGUUGACCUGGAGCCUGGCACCAUGGACUCAGUUCGCUGUGGGCCCUUCGGCCAAAUCUUCAGGCCCGACAACUUUGUGUUUGGUCAGAGUGGUGCUGGUAAUAACUGGGCUAAAGGCCACUACACAGAGGGAGCAGAGCUGGUGGAUUCUGUCCUGGAUGUUGUGAGAAAGGAGUCUGAGAGCUGCGAUUGCCUCCAGGGCUUCCAGCUCACCCACUCGCUGGGUGGUGGCACCGGAUCUGGUAUGGGCACACUGCUCAUCAGCAAGAUUCGUGAGGAGUAUCCUGACCGUAUCAUGAACACCUUCAGUGUGGUGCCUUCUCCUAAAGUGUCUGACACAGUGGUGGAGCCCUACAACGCCACACUCUCUGUUCAUCAGCUGGUGGAGAACACAGACGAGACAUUCUGCAUCGACAACGAAGCUCUGUACGACAUCUGCAUUCGCACACUGAAACUCACCACUCCCACUUAUGGUGACCUGAACCACCUCGUCUCUUCUACCAUGAGUGGUGUCACCACAUGCCUCCGCUUCCCCGGGCAGCUCAAUGCUGACCUGCGCAAGCUGGCUGUCAACAUGGUGCCCUUCCCACGUCUGCACUUCUUCAUUACUGGUUUUGCACCUCUUACCAGCAGGGGAAGCCAGCAGUAUCGUGCUGUCACCGUGCCCGAGCUCACACAGCAGGUCUUUGAUGCCAAAAACAUGAUGGCUGCCUGUGAUCCACGCCACGGUCGUUACUUGACCGCAGCCACUGUCUUCCGUGGCCGCAUGUCCAUGAAGGAGGUGGAUGAACAGAUCCUCAAUGUUCAGAACAAGAACAGCAGCUACUUUGUGGAAUGGAUCCCCAACAAUGUCAAGACAGCUGUGUGUGACAUCCCACCACGCGGUCUAAAGAUGUCUGUCACUUUCAUCGGUAACAGCACAGCCAUCCAGGAGCUGUUCAAGCGCAUCUCUGAGCAAUUCACUGCCAUGUUCCGACGCAAGGCCUUCUUGCACUGGUACACUGGAGAGGGCAUGGAUGAGAUGGAGUUCACCGAGGCCGAGAGCAAUAUGAAUGACCUGAUCUCCGAGUACCAGCAGUACCAGGAUGCUUCUGCUGAAGAUGAGGGCGAGUUUGAAGAGGAGGCUGAUGAAGUCGCCUAAGAAGCAGAGAAGAUUCAUUGAGUGCAGGGGAGUGGGAAUAGGAGCAGGAUAUGGAGGGAGUUAUUUAAGGUAGAAAUAAAUGUAGCACAGCACAUGCGGAAUCAACCGUAAGUGUCUCCGCCCGAUGGGCAGAGCUGUGCAAGCUGGUUUAAACCAAACAAAAUAUAAUGAAAAUAUAACAUAAACCAAAAAUAUAAUGAAGUCCAAUAAAAUUAAGCUGUGAUGGAGAUGGGGGAGGGUUCAUGUGGUGGCCUAGUGGUUAAGGUGUUGGGCUACCAAUUGGAAGGUUGUGAGUUCCAUCCCUGGUCCAACAAGCUGCCACUGUUAGGCCCCUGAGUAAGG